CUCCGAUCCUGUAAAACGCAGCAGCAUUAGUCUACGCAACAAAGCUUCUAGCCUGCCGGAAACGCAUACGAAGAAGUAAAGGGAGUGAACAGUGACCAAGAAACAAUUUCCACGUUAGCGUUUUUUGUAUUUAGACGUUUAUUAACAACAUGGAACUCAUAAUAUGAUUCAUUUAACUGCACAGCAUCGAAUACUUACUCCAUGUAGUGCUUAAUUCGUGCUAGAGACGGAACUUGGUUGAUAGAUGUUCUCUACGUAACGCUAGCUAGCUGCUAACAAUGGCUGACUGUAUGGUUUUUCACACUCAAAUAGCCUCCAUCAUGGAGGUGCUGGCAAAUGCAGCCGUGGCAGAGAUCUGUAAACUCGUAGACGACGACUAUGCAGUGUUUCGUUUGGAAAUAACUCAAAGUCGGAAAGAAAACAGGACAUUGCGGAGGAAACUACUGGAACUGAAGGUGGCACGGGAACGUGCAGAGAGGACACCGCGAGAGCGCGUCCUCACCAGUCGUCCCAGUAGUGUCAAGAUCCUCGAUCGAUACAGAGGAAUUGCAAGAGGUGAAGGACAUCUCACUGGAGGCCACAGGAGCUUUGUGAAGCCAGCGGGACACAAUACAUGGAGAGAUGACCAACCAAUCACUGUUGAUGAGGAGAGUGGAACCUCAACCCAGCACAUUAUCAUGAUAGAGUCUGCAGAUACAGAGGCUGCAGGUCCUGGGUUCAAGCAGGAGAGGUCUGAAGGAGAGGAGGACCCACAGCACAGCAGAGACAUCCAGACUGGAGCGCCCCCUGUAGCCACAGAGGACCCCACUACCACCCCAGCGCAGCCCAGCGCCCGACGCAGCAUCACGGAGGAGGAGGAGGGUCCAGAGGUGCUGCUGGUGAAGGAGGAGGGGUGUGAGGAGGGUCUGGGGAACCCUGAGGGGACCAUCGUCAUGGAGGACAACCAGACUACACCUCUUCCUGGACCCACAGAGGAACCAGCUGAGCAGCACAAGAACACACACAGUCUCACGGAGUCAGUAGACAUGGAGGAUGGAAAUCCUGAUCUGCUGAUAGUCAAAGAGGAGACCAUAGAAGACGGACCAGAGAGCAUUGAUCUGCAGAGUGGACUAAAGAUGGGGGAGCAAGGUGAUUGGCUGGAGGAUAACAGAGGAGACUGGGUGGCCAUCUUGGAUUUCCAGACCCCGACCGGUGCAGCCAAGGCUCCAGGGGACAACAUCACGGAGCAGGCCAGGACCAGUAGCGACAUAGUGGAGGUCAGUGGAUGGGACAGCAUCAUCAACUCUGGGCUGGGGAACAACACUGUUAACCAGAAACAGACAGUCGAACACAAAACAACGACCAAACUUAGUCUCCAAGACAACAGAUUGUCAGAGACAAGAGUGAGGCGUCGAUUUGGUCUGCGGGGACAGGGAGGUAUGUGGCUUGAAAGAACAGACACAGACUUGGCUAGCGAUGCUCCAUCCUGCUCGUAUAGUUGUGAUUCAGAGAGACUGAUGGCACCUCAGGUUAACCACCUAACAGGUUCUGCCUUCAGCCUGCCUUCUAUAGGAUCUAUCAAAUGGAACAUGGAUCCUGUGACAACACAGACACUUCCUGGCCUUCGUCCUCCCAACACUUUCCAAAUGUUAAACCAGACCCCCGACAAUGUCAGUGCCUCAACACUAAAUAGCUACACAAGCCGAUUGACAGAUGACAGAAGUAGAGACGCAAUCAGUAAAGGUGGCUGCGCCACAGAGAAGCGCUUCCCAUGUUCUUUCUGUGGGAAAGCCUUCAGUUUCCCCCAACAGGUGGAGAUUCACCAGAGGAUUCACACGGGGGAGAAACCAUUUGUUUGCCACCUGUGCCGGGCCAGUUUCUCCCAAUCGUCCAGCCUGAAGAGGCACCAGAGGGUCCACACAGGGGAGAAACCCUACAGCUGCCCCCAGUGUGAGAAGAGGUUCUCUCACCAGCACCAGCUGAAGAUGCACCUGAAGGUCCACACGGGAGAGAGGCCGUUCGCCUGUAUGCACUGUGGGAAGAGGUUCUCAGAGAGGAGCUACCUCAGGAUACACCAGCAGAAAAUGCACAGGGCCCAUGUAUAGAGUAUACUGACAUGUAAUGUAGUAGUAGUUCAUUCUAUUGGUUUUGGAUGUAUAUGGAACUGGAUGAGGUGAACUGAGGAAACAAUGAGUAUGAUGAGGUAGAGUAAAUUAUAUGGUGAUGGUUGGUGUGAUGGUGUCUGUAAAAACUUUUCACUAAUGAAAAGUGACAUUUGUCCUGUUUUGAUGCUGGUGUUUUAUAAUGAGGAAAUUAGUGCCUUAAUUCAUGUUUACUUGACAUGAAGUGGUGAAGCUGUGUGUGUAGUUUUACAUUUUCCAAAGUAUUCUAAAAUACAUUUUAUCACUGUGAGGGUACCACAUUUACAGAAAAUAUAAAGUGUUACCAUAGUGAGAAAAGUUAUUCUACUUGUCACGUAUCAUUUUGUGCAAUAAAAGUACUGUACCUCAAA